AUGCCGGGACAUUUGGGUCAAAAGGUUCUCAAAACGCUAGGGCUAGAUGACCAGAAGCAUCAUCAACAGAAUUCCUCGGAUGUUCGGCUUCCAGGACGACCAGCUGUCAACAAUGACGAGCGCGGAUUGUCUUCACCUCCCAACAAAGGCACAUACCCCCGUCUGUGUCGGCUCUCCGAUGGGUCCAUUCUCUCGUCCUUUACCCGCUUCCCCGAUGGACAACGCUCACUCCGCAUUGCGAAGAGUACUGAUAACGGCCGUACCUUUGUGGACUUCUCAGAGGUGACUCGCGCUGCUGGCGACGUGGAUAACAUGUUUUUGUGUGAAGUAGCUCCUGGUACAGUACUGGCUGCUUUCCGCAAUCAUGACAAGGGUCCAAAUGGCCCUACACAUUUCCGCAUCACUAUCUGUCGGUCUACGGAUGGAGGUCGGGUCUGGCACUAUGCCUCGCAGGCAGCAGAGAAACGCCCUCCCUUGGGAAUCUGGGAGCCUUUCAUGCGCGUGGGGCGCCAGGGUGAGGUGCAGCUCUAUUUCUCGCAGGAGUUUGCCCACAACAACCAAUGUACCAUGCUGGUUGUCUCACGAGAUCAAGGAAGUACCUGGACUCAACCGAUCUGUCUACAUGGUGUCGAAGACCCGCUUCGUGAUGGAAUGAGCGGCAUUGCGCGAACUUUUGAUAACGGCCGCGAGGCCCUUGUCAUGGUCUUCGAGACAACUCGGUACGGUCCAUUCAGCGUUGAAGCGCUUCUCUCCUAUGAUGACGGUGCUACCUGGGGUUGGCGGCACGAAGUUUUCCGCCCUCGGCAAGGUCAUAACGCCGGAUCCCCCCAGAUUGCCUCUUUUGCGGAUGGAUCACUGGCUGCGAUAUUCAUGACCGACGAAGACUCCGAACACGUGAACUGGGUUAAGAAUGCCUCUAUCAAGGUCGUGUUUGCUGGCCCGCCAGUUAAAGGGCGUAUUCAAUGGAGCCCGGCAACGGUUGUCUCCCCGGCCUCCAGUUUCUGGCCUGGAAUCAUGGCAUUGGAUCAUCACACUGUACUCGUCACGUAUGACCGAGGCGGUCCACUCGCUAAGACUAUCACUUGGCAUCCUUCUUAA